CUUCUCUUCUCUGAUUGGUCGAUAUCUUGAACGUGAGCUCAGCAUAACUGUCGCCUUUCUGACAGUAGGAGCAUUUUCCAGUCCAUUUAAAUCUAUUGAAUGAUUCAAGACAGCAGCCCCUUUCCUCAUCUUGCAGUUGUUUGUGUUGUGGACCUUUAAACGAAAUAAGCACCAGGCUCUAAGAUGUCUCAGAAGAUCAAGGCUGGGUCUGUGGUGGAGAUGCAGGGAGAUGAAAUGACUCGGAUCAUCUGGGAGCUCAUCAAGGAGAAACUCAUCUUUCCGUACCUGGAACUUGAUCUGCACAGCUAUGACCUUAGUAUAGAGAACCGAGAUGCAACAGAUGACCGGGUGACUGUGGAGGCGGCGGAGGCAGUCUGUCGUUACAAUGUGGGCAUCAAGUGUGCCACUAUUACGCCUGAUGAGAAACGAGUUGAGGAGUUCAAGCUUAAGCAGAUGUGGCGCUCGCCCAACGGCACCAUCCGGAACAUCCUGGGUGGCACAGUGUUCAGGGAGGCCAUUAUCUGUAAGAACAUCCCCCGCCUGGUGCCCGGCUGGAUCAAGCCCAUCAUCAUUGGCAGGCAUGCCCAUGGAGACCAGUACAAAGCCACAGACUUUGUGGUUCCCGGGCCGGGGAAAGUGGAAAUGACCUACACACCCAUAAACGGAGAGCCAGUUAAAUUUGUUGUCCAUAAGUUUGAGGGCACAGGCGGUGUAGCCUUGGGUAUGUACAACACAGAUAAGUCCAUCACGGACUUUGCCCACAGCUCCUUCCAGAAGGCUUUGUCCAAAUGCUGGCCUCUCUACCUCAGCACCAAGAACACUGUCCUGAAAAAGUAUGACGGUCGCUUCAAAGACAUCUUCCAGGAGAUCUACGAGAAAGAAUACCGUUCUCAGUUUGAGGCCAAAGGCAUCUGGUACGAGCAUCGUCUGAUAGAUGACAUGGUGGCCCAGGUCAUGAAAUCUGAGGGAGGCUUCAUCUGGGCCUGUAAGAACUACGAUGGAGACGUACAGUCUGACUGUGUAGCACAAGGCUACGGCUCUCUGGGUAUGAUGAGCAGUGAGCUGGUUUGUCCUGAUGGACGCACUAUGGAGGCUGAGGCCGCCCACGGCACAGUCACCCGCCACUACAGACUACACCAGCAGGGAAAAGAGACCUCCACCAAUCCCAUAGCCUCCAUCUUUGCCUGGACACGUGGUCUGCUCCACCGGGCCAAACUGGACAACAACACGAAGCUGCAAGUGUUCUCGGAGGCGCUGGAGGCCGUCUGCAUCGAGACCAUCGAGGCUGGUUUCAUGACCAAGGACCUGGCUAUCUGUAUCAAAGGAAUGCCAAAUGUGACACGAGCGGACUACUUGAACACUUUUGAGUUCCUGGACAAACUAGCAGAGAAUCUGAAGAUGAAGCUAGCGAGCCAUCCCAAACUGUGAUGUCUACUUGCAGCCUCUGCAACUAAACACCAACACACACAUUCUAACUCAUGCUCAUGCACACAGACACCCACACAGCUCCUGGAGUUAAAGCUGGAAGAGGGAGGAGCGUGCCCAGGACUCCAGGAGCUCUACAGACUGAAAUCAAGCCCUUCCCUGGCUGAACUGGAGGUCGAUUGACCUGAUGGCUCAGUGACCUUGUUUACUUUACUUGUACUAGGUCCCCUGAGGUGAGUGUGGUGCCAGUUGUCAGUGAUCUGCAUUAAACAGGACAGAAUUAGUCUGCGGGAGCCUCUAGACCCUCCCUGCCUCUUUGAGUGGGACAUCGGUCCGGUCAGUUCUGGUCACUUCCUAUGUCAUGUAAUGUUUUAACAAUACCUCAGGCUACACUAUGUUUUAGUGGUAGUUAAAAGCCAGAGCAGUAGCACUGUCAGCCUGUACUUCCCUAACGAAACCCCAGCAUGGUAGAAGACCAUGCAUACCAUGAAAUUUUACUGUUCUGCACGAUGAAACACAAAAUAUGAACUGAUAUUUGUAGCGGUCAAACAAGGGUUCGGCUCUUUGUAACCAAAUGCAUUAAGAUUACUGUAGGCUGCUUUUAGAGUUUAUACCUUACUUUUCACAUUCACUAAAGGUGUAUUUAUGUCUGUCCUUUGUGUCUGUGUGUAUUUUAACAUCCAGUAUGUCAGUGUUUGUCCAUCUGUUGGUUUAUAAUAAGCGUUGUGCUUAUUAAUUCUUCAUAUAAUGGAUAAUAAAUGAAUUUUUGAAAAACAA